CACACACACACACACAUACAUACAUACAUACAUACAUACAUACAUACAUACAUACUUGGGGCGCGCGUGCCCGCGGAGUACCGGUCGGAAACGCAGCUGCCAAGUGUCCGCGAGGCUCUUCUUCGUGCUCUACGUACCGCUUUCCGUUGCCGCGGUUCUGCAGCAGUUGCGAAUUAGUUACUGGUCGACGCCGGGGGAUAUCGGAUCAACCGUAGUCCCUGGUUCGACGCCAACAUGGAGGAGAGUGACAAGUACCUACUUUACCGAGGCUUGUUAAUGCCCCGGCACACGCACUCGAGAGAGAGCCUCAAGUUCGCCGAGGAGCUCCGGUUCCAGGACGGGGACGUACUCGUGUGCACUUACCCAAAGUCUGGUACCACAUGGAUGCAAGAAAUUAUUCCGUUGAUUCUUAGUGGAGGGGACCUGACCCCAGUGCAUACAAUCCCCAACUGGGAUCGGGUUCCUUGGCUGGAAGAGACCCGGACAUCCCUGGUCAUAGAUAAGAUGAGGUGUCCUCGUGUUUUUGUCACCCACCUGCCAUACCACCUCAUGCCUCGUUCUUUCUUCUCCUCCAAAGCCAAGGUGAUCUAUGUCACCCGCAAUCCAAAAGAUGUUGCAGUUUCAUCCUUUUAUUUCCAUAAAAUGGCCAGCUUUCUUGACGACCCUGGUCUUUUCGAUAAAUUCCUGAACAAGUUUCUUUCUGGGCAGGUACUUUUUGGGAAGUGGACAGAUCAUGUGAAAUGUUGGAGGAACCUAGAUCUUGGAGACAGAAUCCUGUACAUCACUUAUGAAGAGAUGUUGCAGGACUUGAAAGGAGCCCUGGUCCGAUUCUCACGGUUCCUGAAUCGAGAACUGACUCUCGAGGCACUGGAAAAAGUGGCCGAGCACUGCUCCUUCAACAACAUGAAGAACAACACAAUGUCCAACUACUCUCUUGUGCCAGAAGACAUAAUGGACAGCAGCAAGUCACCCUUCCUCAGGAGAGGAGUUUCUGGUGACUGGAAGAACCAUUUUAGUCCGGAACAGGAAGCUAAAUUCUCAGCUGUCAUAAAGGAAGAAGUGAAGGGGACCUCUUUUAAGUUCCCCUGGGAUGAAGAAUGAGCACAUUUAAACAAGAGCAGCAACUUCAGGAGCAGACAGUAUAAAAUAAUAAAGUAUAUUCAUAUAGACAGUUUGUAGAAGAACACACACACACACAUUUUCA